CAGCCACUCUCUAUUUAAUUUUGAAUUUCUUACCGCGCAUGACCGUAAAAAACUGACCUAACCCAACAAAAGACGAGAGAGAACUCCGUUUAUCCGGCAAAUAAAACGUAAAUAAACUCCGUAGAGAGUUCUGGUGGCAUCAGGAAAUUUUGAAAGAGCCAUAUAGCAACCCCUGAGUUAAAUGCCAUUGCCCGAUUUCAGUCAAAGCGGAAAAUUGCAUCAGAAAAAGGCGAGGAAAAUUCGAGAGGCUACGAGAGACCAGAAUCGAGAAAUUUCUCUCGGUGCUGUCGUUGGGUAUAAAUAGCAGUCUACGGAGCGCCGGGCGCACAAUUCAAAACAAAAAGUCCAAACCGACGGAUAGCAAGUCGCUAACGAGAAACAAGAAACUACAAUUUCACAAGUUAUUUGGCAAAUUUCAAAGAAUCACUUGAGAGUUACCUGAUAUUUCGUCACAAAAACCAAGAAUUGCAAAAUAAAAUCAGACAAGAUGCGUUCUCUACCGAUGUUCCUGCGUAUGGCGGAGGAGAUGACCCGCAUGCCCCGGAUCUCUUCGCCAUUCCAUGCCUUCUUCCACGAGCCACCGGUCUGGAGUGUGGCUCUGCCGAGGAACUGGCAGCAGAUCGCCCGCUGGCAGGAGCAGGAGUUCGCCCCGCCGGCCACCGUCAGCAAGGAGGGCUACAAGCUCACCCUGGACGUCAAGGACUACAACGAACUGAAUGUCAAGGUCCUGGACGAGAGUGUUGUCCUGGUGGAGGGAAAGUCCGAACAAAAGGAUGACGAGCAUGGUGGCUUCAGCUCUCGUCACUUCCUGCGCCGUUUCGUCCUGCCGGAGGGAUACGAAGCGGACAAGGUCACCUCCAGCCUGAGCAGCGACGGAGUCCUCACCAUCAACGUUCCAAACCCACCGGCUGUCCAGGAGGCUCUCAAGGAACGCGUGGUUCCCAUCGAGAAGACCGGCGAGCCGGCCAAGAAAUUGGAGGCCGAGUCCAACUCGGAGGCUACCAAGAAGUAAGGAUGGAUUCCACUGAACUGAAAUAAAAGCUAGUGAACCCCAGAAGAUAUAGAAGUAGUUCCAUUAGACGUAGUUUCCAUUAAUUUUUAAAAAAUAUGUUAAAAAUGACUGAAUCUGACUGAAGAAUUGGUUAAAUUUUAGCUUUUCUGAGAAAAAUAAAUAUUUUAAAAUUAA